AUGAGACUCCUCAAAUCAAGAAUCCUAAUUGUGCUUUGCAAAAAUAUGGGUGCACAACAUUCGACAUCACUAUUUUAUUGCGAGGCAAGAUCUGUCGCAAAAACAAAGAUUCAAAAAAAAGAUUGUUUUUUGGAUAAAUAUUUCGUCAAAAAAGAAAUUAAAUAUAGAAAAGUCGAUGCAAAUGUACCCAGAAAGUUUUCGAUGGUAUAUAACUUACCAAAUGGUAAAAUAGAAUGGCAGCCAGAAAAUAUAUUGUCAGAUUCGCAAACGAAAACCAGAAAUACGAUGGUAGAUUUGGUUAACGUAGACACUGUAGAAUAUGAUUCGCAGCAAGUAAACUUAUUGUCUACUCCGAAACCAAAACUAGAUCUAUAA